CUACUGUCACUGCCAUUCUGACGUUUAGACUGUCAAUUGUUUAUUUGCCUCUCUUUCUAUCUUUGCUGCUAUAAAAGAGAAAGCAUGAGUGUACCUUGUAAACAAAACAAAUACGCAUCGCAAAAUGUAUAAUGUAAAACAGAUUACGCAUGGGUUUUCCAGCUUUUCCUGCAUUUAAUUAAUCGAAUGUGUUGUUUGUAACUUUAGAAUACGAGAGUAGGACGCAAUGUCCCACAGGGCCCAUACUAAGUCGAGGAUUAAAGUGUGUAACAAAUCAUUUUUUCAUCUUCAAGAUAAAAAGGCGGAUAGUUCGGUGUUAUCCAAUGGCUUGAUAAAGUCAGCUAAACGUUCUGGUCAGCUGAGUUUAUGCAACCGAGGCCUUGGAACUGUUCCAGAGAAUGUCUGGAAGAUUGAUGAGCUGGUGCUUGAAGAGUACAAGGAUGUGGACUUCACCAGGUCUGAUGACAACAGCUGGUGGAACUCGGAGCCGCUGAAGACCCUCGACCUCAGUUCCAAUGCCAUCAGCACCAUAUCUACUAAUAUCAAGCUUCUACAAGAACUUGUCACACUCAAACUUCAUGACAAUGCCAUAACAGAGCUACCAAAGGAAAUAGGAGAACUGAAAAAUCUAGCAAACCUAAGUCUAGACCGAAACAAGCUGAAAAUAUUACCUAAAGAGUUCUACAAGCUAACAGAGCUGAGGUGGCUGAGCAUAUCACACAACAUGCUGGAAAAGAUAGAGCCCGAUAUGGGGGACCUGGUCAUGUUGACUUAUUUGGACUUGUCCCACAACUCCUUAUCUUCCCUGCCGCCGGGCCUGGGCUACCUGGUGCGGCUGCUGCAGCUCGACCUCUCGCACAACCAGCUUGAAGAACUGCCGCCCGACAUCGUCAACCUUAGAGAUCUAAAAAAGCUGCUGCUGGCUGAAAACAAACUAACAUUUCUACCAGCAAUGGGAGAGUUGAGGAAGAUGGAGUACCUAGAUGCCAACCACAACAACAUCGCAGAGUUGCCGGACUUCCUCGGCUGCACCGCACUCAAAGAGAUUUAUAUAGCCAAUAACGAAAUAAAGAAAAUUACCGAUGAUUUCUGUGACCAAAUGCAACAUUUGAACGUGCUAAAUAUACGAGACAACAAAAUUGAGGAAUUACCGGAAAACAUAUCCCUUCUGCAAACACUGAAGAGAUUAGACAUGUCCAAUAACAAUUUAACUAAACUACCAAAGAACCUGGGUCUCCUAUCCCAACUGCACAGUAUCAGUGUCACCGGCAACCGUCUGACGAGCGUGCGGGCCGACAUCGCGCGCGGCGGCCGCCUCAUGCAGCAUCUGAGAGACCAGGUCCAAGAGGAGCCUACUGAUGUGCCGCAAGCGCAGUGGCCUGAUAAAUACACUCUGAAGAAGACGCAAGCCCUGACGCUGGUGUCGCGCGACCUCACUGAGAUCCCUGACGAGGUGGUGGCGGCGGCGGCGGACGCACAGGUCUACUAUGUCGACUUGACUAAGAACAAACUUACAUCUGUGCCGGUGGGCAUCACCCGUCUAUCAGAGAGUCUGACCCAGCUGAUACUAAAGAACAACAACAUCUCUUCCGUCCCCGCGGAGCUCAGUCGCUGCUCCCUCCUUCUCUACCUAGACGUGGGGUCCAACAACCUGGCGGAACUGCCGCUGGAACUGGGAGAGCUGAAGCAGCUGAGAGAGCUGGUCAUUAGCAACAAUCGAUUCACUCACCUACCUCGCUGUAUCUACGACCUGGAGAGUCUGGAGAUACUUCUGGCGGCGGACAACAAGGUGUCAGAGAUCAACGUGUCGUCGGAUGCCCUCGCCCGGCUCAAGAGACUGGCUGUGCUGGAUCUGAAGAACAAUAGCAUAGUCACCGUGCCGCCUGAGCUGGGAAACUUUACGCACUUGAGGACGUUGGAGCUCAUGGGUAACGUAUUCCGGCAGCCGCGCCACGCCAUCCUGGAGAAAGGUACCGAAUCUGUGCUAUCCUAUUUACGAGACCGGAUACCCAAAUAGAACUUUAAGACAUGCAGUAAUAGUUCAUUUUUAUAUAGCUUUUUGAGGUCAGAAAUCAGAUUGAUGAGGAAAUUCAUAGUGCAAAAUUCGUUCUUUUGGUUGCCUUUUGGUGACAACCCUAGACCAGGAAUGAAUUAAAAAAGUACGGCAAAAUCCAUCGCAGCAAAUAAUACACUCGAUUAAAGAACGGUGUUGAAAAAAAAAGCUGUUUAGAACCUGCUUA